AUGGCGGACGAGCCGCCCGACAGCCUGGACGGCUGGGUGCCGCUGCGCGAGGGCCUGUUCGCCGCGCCCGGGCGCCAGCGGCUGCGCUUCCUCGUGGCCUGGAACCCCGCGGAGGCCCGGUUCGCCGUCACCUGCCACGACCGCGCGGGGGCCGCGGGGGGCGCGCCCAGCUGGGCCGGGCUGCUCUCGGCCGCCGGGCUCCGCGGCGCGCACCGCCUGCUGGCCGCGCUGUGGCCGCCGCUCGAGCGCUGCCUCCCGCGGCUGCCGCCCGAGCUGGACGCGCCGGGCGCGGGCUGGGCGCGCGGGCUGUGGGCGCUGGUGCGGCCGGCGCGCGCGGGCCCGGGCGAGGCGGCGCUGCGGGAGCUGUGCGCGCGCCUGGAGCGCUACCUGGGCCGGGCGGCCGAGGGCUGCGGCGGCGCGGCCGUGCGCGACGCGCUCUUCCCGGGCCUGGGCGCCGAGGGCGCCGCCGCCGACUGCGAGAGCCCGCGCGAGUUCCGGGGGCGCGCCCUGCGCGCGCGCAUGGCCGAGGCGGACGCGCGCCUGAGCCAGAUUCUCCAGGGCCAUGAAAAGGCCUGCACCAUGGUGGUGCUGAGUGACCUCUACCGGGAGGAAGACCAGGCUUACCAGGACCUGGUCACCAUGGCGACCACCUUCUUCCAGUAUCUGCUGCAGCCCCUGAGGGACAAGCGAGAAGUUGCCACUUCCCAUAAGCGUGACAUCUUGAAGUCCUUGCAGGAGGAGGCCCUGGGCCCUCGGCGGGUGGCUGUCCUGCAGAGGGAAGCGCAGGAGUGGACCCGCCAGGCUGAAGAAGCUGUCGCCGCCAUUCAGGACAUCACAGUGGACUAUUUCAAAGAAACAGUGAGAGCGUUAGCAGCAAUGCAGAAGCAAAUGCAGCAGGAUGAGAAGAGGUUCGGCCAGGCCGCCUGGGCCACGGCCAAGCCCCGGCUGGAGCAGCUCAGCUGGAUGCUGGCCCACGAGAGCCUGCAGCUCCUGCGAGCCAAGGAGCUGUGUCUCAGCCGCCGACGGGCCGAGCUUCAAGGAAAGAUGGAAGAUCUUCCAGAGCAAGAAAAAAGUAUAGAUGUGGUAGAUGAAUUAGAAAUACAGUGCUAUGAAGUUCAAUUAGAACUCUAUGAGGUUAAGUUCGAGAUGUUAAGAUAUGAAGAAAUACUGCUUAUUACACAGCUGGAUUCCAUUAAAAGACGUAUAAAAGAGCAGCUGGAGGAAGUCGUCUACCACGACCCGUGCGAGAGUCCGGAGGAGCUGCGGGCCUGCCAGGGGGCCCUGGGCCUGCCCGGGGAGAGCGCCGAGGUGGAGCGGCUCCGCAGGCGCUGCCGGCAGCUGGAGACCCGCAGGGGCCGCCUCUGCGCCCGGAGGGCCCAGCUCAGGAACAGAAAGGACCAGUGCAAGCAGAGCCACCAGCUCAGGCUGCAGCAGGCCUCGGAGCGAGCCCGGCGCAUCCAGCAGCACCACGGCGCCCAAGCGAAAAGGGACAAAAUAAAAGAAGAGGAACUCAAGAAACAGGAGUGGAUACACCAGGAACGCCAGAAAACACUGCAGCGGCUGAGAGCAUUUAAAGAGAAACAUCCUGAUCAGUCCACACCAGAGACUGGCCCAGAUCCUGGGGCUGCAAACCUGCGGGGUGGGCUCGGCCACCAGCUGCCCUCACCCACGUGCCCGCCCCCUGUGCCCUCCAGGGAAGCAGGGAGUGAGGCAGGCUCCCCGGGUCAGGAUUGUCCUACAGCCACCCCUGAGCAGACGCCGGGUCCUCCUGAGGGCCAGACACACUGCAGAUCCAGCCAGGGCGUGUCCCCACCCCCCCCCCCCCCUCCUCCUCCACCACCACCACCACCCCCGCCUCUGCCCGGCUGGACUCCAGGAGGGGAGGAUCAGCCGCUCCCACUGCUGUGCUACUCGCCGGCUGGGACGCCACCCCAAUUCUCAGACACUGCUAAAGGCCCAGGCUCCAUGGACGAGGUCUUGGCCUCCUUAAGGCGAGACAGGGCCCCUCUCAAGAAAGUGGACACGCCCGCGCCCUGCACCUCGGUCAACCAGCACAUUCUGGCCGCCAUAAGGCAGGGGGUCAAACUUAGGAAAGUGGCCCCUGAGGGUGGCCGGAGCCCCGGCAGCAGUCCCCCCAGCGACCUGGAGCGCAGCAUCCGGGCGGCCCUGCAGCGGAUCCAGCGGGUGGCGGCCGACUCGGAGGAAUCGGGGGACUCGGGGGAGGAGGCCGUGGAGCUGAGCCCCGGCGAGUGGGACCACUGAGCCCGGCCCCGGCCCUGGCACCCCCUGGCGGGCAGGAGGCCGUGCGGACAGAGGCCAUUUCUGGAGAAGGUGCCAGAGGUCUGGCCAGUCCCGGGGGGAAGCAGGGCAGGGAGGCCUGGCCAGGCCCUGUCUGGGGAAGUUCCACACUCCGGCGAGCCGCGUGGGGCAGGGGCUGUAGCCGGCGCCGCGGGUCUGAGCCUGAACAUCAUCCUGGCAGGGGUCGGAGGAGCUUGCCUCCACCGAGGGACUGUUCUAAGCAUCUGCCGUGACAGUUCAUGUAUCAAACACCACAGAGCCUCGUAGUAAAGGAGUAUUUAUCACGCACGCGUCACUCUGAGGAAACGGGUCUGGCUUCUGGGCUGACAAGAUGUGUAGCCCCUCCUGCCCCGCGCCGUGUGUUUUAGCAGCAUCUCAGCGAAACAUGUUUAAGCAAAGCCCAGGGCAGGGAACACUGGCCCUCAGGACUGACAUCUCAGCUGGAGCCGGCGUCCCCCUUUGCGACGGGCAGGCGGAGCG